UCGCCAGGGGGCGCCGUCCCGAGAGCGCGGGGCCGCCUCCUGCGCUUGGCCCCUGCGGGCCGCCGUCCUCGCUCUGGCGUUCUGCUGCCGUUCUGCUGCGCGGCGUCCGCUCCCGCAGCUCCGGUUGGCGCCGCAGUCGGACGCUGGGUGCCCGCUGACCCGCAGAAGCGGCGAUGGCCCCCUGAGCGGGCCGGCAGCAGGUACCGGGCUGGCAGGUGGGCGCCGCGGCCCGGCCCAGGUCGGCACGGAAGCCGAACUGCGCCUCUUUGUCUCCGCGGGCGGCGGCGCGUCCCCAGCGCCCGGGCGGAAGUGGGGCGCGCGGGACACCUGGGCACCAUGAGCGAUAUCCGCCACUCGCUGCUGCGCCGUGAUGCGCUGAGCGCCGCCAAGGAGGUGCUGUACCACCUGGACAUCUACUUCAGCAGCCAGCUUCAGAGCGGGCCGCUGCCCAUCGUGGACAAGGGUCCUGUGGAGCUGCUGGAGGAGUUCGUGUUCCAGGUGCCCAAGGAGCGCAGCGCUCAGCCCAAGAGACUGAAUUCACUGCAGGAGCUUCAGCUUCUUGAAAUCAUGUGCAGUUAUUUCCAGGAGCAAACCAAGGACUCUGUGAGACAGAUUAUUUUCUCAUCGCUUUUCAGCCCUCAAGGGAACAAAGCUGAUGACAGCAGGAUGAGCUUGUUGGGAAAGCUGGUCUCCAUGGCUGUGGCUGUGUGUCGAAUCCCGGUGUUGGAGUGUGCAGCCUCCUGGCUCCAGAGGACGCCUGUGGUCUACUGUGUGCGGCUCGCCAGGGCCUUGGUGGACGACUACUGCUGUUUGGUGCCAGGCUCUGUUCAGACCCUGAAGCAGAUAUUCAGUGCCAGCCCUCGAUUCUGCUGCCAGUUCAUAACAUCUGUCACUGCGCUCUAUGACCUGACAUCAGAUGAUCUCAUCCCACCUUUGGACUUGCUUGAAAUGAUUGUCAGCUGGAUUUUUGAGGACCCACGGUUGAUUCUCAUCACUUUUUUAAAUACUCCGAUUGCAGCCAAUCUCCCAAUAGGAUUUUUAGAGCUCACCCCGCUCAUUGGAUUGAUCCGCUGGUGUGUGAAGGCCCCCCUGGCUUAUAAAAGAAAGAAGAAGCCUUGUUUGUCGAAUGGCCAUGUCAGUAACAAAGUCACGAAGGACUCGGGUGUCGGGAUGGAGAGAGACUCCCAUGUCUUGUACUCAAAACUCCACCUCAGUGUCCUGCAGGUUCUCAUGACGCUCCAGCUGCACUUGACUGAGAAGAAUCUGUAUGGGCGCCUGGGGCUGAUCCUGUUUGACCACAUGGUCCCGCUGGUAGAGGAGAUCAACAGACUUUCGGAUGAACUGAACCCCCUCAACGCUUCCCAGGAGAUAGAGCUCUCACUGGACCGGCUGGCACAGGCUUUGCAGGUAGCCAUGGCCUCAGGAGCCCUGCUGUGCACAAGAGAUGACCUGAGAACCCUGUGCUCCAGGCUGCCUCAUAACAACCUGCUCCAGCUCGUGGUCUCGGGCCCAGUGCAGCAGUCGCCACACACAGCACUCCCCCCAGGAUUCUACCCUCACAUCCACACGCCCCCGCUGGGCUAUGGGGCCGUGCCAGCCCACCCCGCUGCCCACCCUGCCCUGCCCACGCACCCGGGGCACACCUUCAUCCCCGGUGUGGCCUUCCCGUUCAGGCCGAUCCGCUAGGCCAGCCUCUAGUGAGCCGCCUCGAGGCCAUGUGCCCUCUGCAGUGGGUGGAGGGAGCCUUCUGGAGAGAAGGGUGCUGGCCCCAGAAGAGGACCCUAGGGAGGCAGCAGGCGGCCCCUCCUGGCUGGCAGAAUCGUCUUCGUUUGAAGUACCUGCCUGGUCACAGUCUUAAAAAUCCAGAUUGGAUGGAUGGAAGGAAAGCACACAGCCCUCUGCAGAGUGCGCUGUAAGUGUUUUUAACACGCUGGUUCUGCGGGCCCUGGCUCACUUGGCGUCAUUCAGAUGAACCCUUGGAGCCUGUGCCCGGAGGAGCACUGAGGAGAAGCCUGAGCUGUGUGUCCGUCUGCCGGGCCUCUCCCCUGUGAAUGUGACACAGCCCUGCCCCGGACACGGGCUCCUUCUGCAGCUGCGUGAGUGCAGAGUGUGAGUGCUGCAGCCCAGGCCUGGGCAGCGCUGGGCACCGCUCGGGGAUGCCUGUCAGGGUUUCCCGUCACCUUGCAAAGGAACUUCUGUUUUAUUGGGCGUCUCUAAAUUUUCCUUUCAUAUGUUCCAAUAAAUUUUUCUAAACAGUUUUAUAGACUUUAUGGGAAAAAAAUAUUUUUUUUUCAGGAGGGGGAGUUGAACCUUACACCAAGCAAGUGCUGUGCCGCUGAGCCACAGCCCAGCCCUGCAGGAUGUAUUUUAACAAUGAAAUAAAUGUGAACUUCGGGGUUUCCUUCCCCGUCCACAAGGAUCACGUUAAGAAGGUUGAAUGUAAGUUUUUAAGCUACUUCUGACAGAAGCACUGCAGUGUCCCCACCCUGGCCCCCACUCAGCCUCUGGGCCCUGCUGGCUUCUGGUCCAUGUGCUUUCUGUAUACAAAAUACAGCCCUUGGGAUUUUUUUUUUCUUUGAGACAGAGUUGCUAUAUAGUUCUGGCUGCUCUUGAAUUUAGCCCAGCCUGGCUUGAACUCACAGGGACUCCUUCCUCUGCUUCCCAAGUGCUGGGAUUACAGGCAGCACACCACACCUGGCUUCAGGUAUUUUUUUUUCCUAGUUUGCUGUUGGAAGCUGUCUGCUUUGGGUCUCAUUAAUUUGAGGAGGAAGGAAAGCUCAUUGACCAUGUCACUAUGGCUUCCCUAGCCGAAAGUGAGAAGUGGCAGAUGGUAACAGAAAACAGUGGAGCAUGAGACGGUUAAGAUUACCUUGUAGGGAAGAAAUAUAACCUUGUCAUUUAUUUACCCUUCUAUUGCUGGUUAAAGGCCAUGGCCUGGAGCACCAGACCAAACCCAGUAGCCUAGCAGAGUCCCGGGAGAGCGUGCGCGCGCACACACGUGUGUGUGUGUGUGUGUGUGUGUGUGUGUGUGUGUGUUUAAAUCUGGAGUUUAAGGCAUCCCUGAGGUUGAGAGGGGGAGCUGAAGCCUUGUAUGUAAGGCCGUCUGCUUGGCAGGGAUCGUGUGUUCUUGCUCAGGGACAGGAGCCUUCCUAGUCUCUGGAGUGGCAGCCACAGUCAGGGCAAAGGAACCAGCCUGCAAGGUGAAGCUCUUCAGGAAUCUGUUUUUAAAUUGCAUUAAAGGGCCAUGGACAUAAAGGACAUUUUGAGUUUGAUUUGAUUAUCUCUGAUUAGACCUGCUUAAGUAUAAACCUGCUAAUGUCAGACACUGAACUGCAGGAGAUUGUGUGUGUCUGUUUCGGUGGCACACAUUGAAGAGGCUGAAAAGAUCACCACCGGCCCGUUCUCUGUACUUCACUCCUGUAUGAAGUGUUUCAGAAAAGAACUGCAAAUCAACUCAAUGUUACUUUCUUUUUCCUGCGGAUCUCUGAGCAGUGUAGCCUCCACCAAAUGUUUCUAGGGGCUGGAUGUAUCUUAAUUCCUCUCAGAUCUGGGAUGGUUCUUGUCAAAAUGAAAAAUGGAAAGAAAGCCACUAGCCAGGCGAGGUGGCGCCCACCUGUGAUCUCAGGGCUGGGACAGUGAGGCGGGAGGGUCACGAGUUCAAAGCCAGCCUGGGUUAUAUAGCAAGAUUUUGCCUCAAAAAACCAAAAAUAAAACAAAAUACUGGAACCACA